AUGCAAAAUGCAAACAUCACUAAAGAAUCUUUAGAUAUGUUUAAGUCUUACUGCAUUGUCUGCCAAGAAAAGCGGAAGCGUCCGAAGGCUACUGGAGUUGUUGUAAAGCCUAUUUUAAGCAGCGAUCUCAAUUCUCGGGACCAGGUUGAUCUGGUAGACAUGCAGUCAUCUCUCCAAGCUCAGUUCAAGUGGAUUAUGGUAUACCAGUACCACUUAAGAAAGUUUGUGAUACUUCGACCUCUUACAUCAAAAAGAGCAGCUGAAGUUGCCUUUCAACUGCUCGACAUCUUCUUACUGUUUGGUGCUCCUGCAAUCCUUCGAAGUGACAAUAGUUCUGAAUUUACAGCUCAUGUCAUCACAGAACUAAAAGAUCUUUGGCCAGAUCUCAUCGUGGUCCAUGGAAAACCAAGACAUCCCCAAAGCCAAGGUUCAGUGGAACGUGCCAAUGGGGACAUCAAGGAUAUGUUGAUUGCUUGGAUGUCAGACAACAACACACAGGAUUGGUCCAUUCCAUUGGUCUUCGUUUUGUCCAAAACAUGA